UCGCCCGUUGGUAGUUGCCAGGCAUUUAUCGAAGUGGCGCGGUCGGUAUCAAUUGCAGUAGCUGUCUUUGCCUCAGCUCUUAUCUCUACCUCUCUCCCUCCCACUUUCUUCCAUGCACAAGGUUACAAUUGAGUAUCAUCUGCGUUGUCUCAGAUUAAGACUCGUUUUGCCGGGAUUUUCCCCCCAACUCCUUAUUGCUUACAUCAAGCUCUCUCUCAACUUUAAACAUCACGACUGAAAUUGAAUGUAUUUUUCUCGGUGGUACUUUGCCGGCUCCGGUCACCUCUCAAAGUCACCUGUGAUUGUGUUGUGGUGUAGCUGGUUGAUCUGACUGUAGGGCAUCAUGACUACUGUGAAGGAGACAAACGCACCGAAAACGUCUCAACAGCAAGAGCAGGAGCUGGUGGGGAGUAACCCUCCUCAGAGGAACUGGAAGGGUAUUGCGAUCGCCCUGCUUGUCAUUCUGGUCAUCUGCUCCCUGAUCGUCACCUCGGUCAUCCUGCUGACACCAGGCGAGGAUGACAGCUUGGCCCUCAAGGGGAAACUGACCGUGGGGGACAUCUUCAGGAAGGACUUCAAGGUUCACGACCCUGAGGCCAAGUGGAUCAACAGUAAUGAGCUACUGUAUCGCACACGUGAGGGGGAUGUUGUCAGGCUCAACAUGGAGACGUAUGAGAGGACGGUACUGGUGCACAACAAAAAGUUUGAAAUGUACAAAGCCAGCAAGUAUGAAGUGUCUCCUGACAUGAAGCAUGUGCUGCUCGCCUACAACGUGGCACCGGUGUACCAGCACUCGUUCACUGCCUUCUACAUCAUCUGCAGCCUGGAGACUCCGGAGACAUGGAACCUGAAUCCUCCAGAGGUACGGAACGCCCAACUGCAGUACGCAGGCUGGGGACCCAGGGGCCAGCAGCUGAUUUUUAUUUUUGAGAACAACAUCUACUACCGUUCGACGGUGGAGAGCCGAUCGAUCCGCCUGGUUUCCACCGGCAAGGAGGGGGUCAUCUUCAAUGGGCUCAGCGAUUGGCUGUACGAAGAGGAGAUCUUCCAGACCCAUAUUGCCCACUGGUGGUCUCCGGAUAGUGCCCGGCUGGCAUAUGCCACCAUCAAUGACACUAUGGUGCCCAGGAUGGAGAUCCCUAUGUUCACAGGAACUACUUACCCUACUGGGAGGGAGUAUCACUACCCUAAGGCUGGGGAGGAAAAUCCAGUCAUCUCUUUGUAUGUGGUCAACCUGAACGGGCCCCUGCACACCAUCGAGAUGAGGAGACCUGAAGACCCGAGGAUGGGAGAGUACUAUGUCACCAUGGUGAAAUGGGCGACUACCACCAAACUGGCAGUGAAUUGGUUAAACAGAGCCCAGAACAUAUCCAUGCUGACGUUGUGUCAGGCCACCACCGGCGUCUGCACCAAGAAACAUGAGGACGAAAGUGAAAGUUGGCUACACAGACAGAAUGAGGAGCCGCUGUUCUCCAAAGACGGUCUGAAGUUGUUCUUCACCAGAGCCAUCCCACAGGGAGGCAGGGGCAAGUUCUUCCACAUCUCCAUGUCCAUCACACAGCCCAACACCAGCACAGACACGCUGCAGUCCAUCACGUCUGGAGACUGGGACGUCACCCAGGUCCUGGCCUACAACGAGAACAUCCAGCUAAUAUACUUCUUGAGCACAGAGGACGAUCCGAAACGCAGGCACCUCUACAGUGCGGACACAGUGGGCCCUUUCAACAGACGCUGUCUCUCCUGUGACUUCUACGAAGGUUGUGGCUACGUCACAGGCUCCUUCAGCCACAGCAUGAGCCUCUUCCUGCUUAGCUGCAAAGGCCCUGAUGUCCCAUUUGUAGCAGUGUACAGCACACAGGACAGACAGAAGGUGUUUGACCUGGAGACCAAUGAGAAUCUGAGGAUGAGGCUGGACUCCAUGCAGAUGCCCCGCGUGGAAAACAAGGAGAUCAACAUUGAGGAUUACACACUAACGAUGCAGAUCCUCAAACCUGCCAGCUUUGUGGACUCAUCGCACUAUCCUCUGCUCCUCCUUGUCGAUGGCACCCCCGGUGGCCAGAUGGUGUCAGAGCAAUUCCACAUAGACUGGGCCACGGUGCUGGUGAGCAGCUUCGGGGCAAUGGUGGUUCGCUUUGACGGGCGGGGCAGUGGCUUCCAGGGGACCAACCUGCUGCACCGCGUCCAGAGGAAGCUGGGCGUGUUUGAGGAGAAGGACCAGCUGGAGGCCCUCAGUAUUAUAUCUAAAGAGCCAUAUGUUGACAAGACCAGGAUUGGAGUUUAUGGCAAGGUGUAUGGAGGCUACGUGACCAGCCUGUUACUCAGCGCCGAGGAUUCCCUGGUGAAAUGUGGUGCGGCUCUCUCACCCAUCACGGACUUUGACCUAUAUGCAUCAGCGUUUUCAGAGAGAUACCUGGGACAGCCCAAGCCUGACCCAAGAGCAUAUGCGAUGGCCAAUCUAGCACACAGGGCAUCUCAGUUCUUGGACAAGAAGUUUCUGAUUGUUCACCCAACAGCAGAUGAAAAAGUGCAUUUCCAGCACACAGCGAAAUUCAUCGCCCAGCUGAUCAAUGAAAACGCCAACUACACUCUGCAGAUCUACCCAGACGAGGGCCACUUCAUCCACACCGAGGCCACGCGGCAGCACCUCAGCCAGUCACUGGUCAACUUCUUCGAGGAGUGUUUCCGGCUACCGGACAACGUGUUCGAGGAGAUACUGGAGGAGGAGAUCGAAGAAGAGGGUUAGCCUGGGCAAAACCAAUCCCCCCAAACCAGAGCUCCAGUCCGCGCCCAAGCACAAUGCCAGCCCCAUACCUGGUUUCCACAAUCCACAUGAUAUGCAAGCUCCUCUUGGUUUAAACUUUCUUUGGCCCUUUUUUUGUUUUGUUUUCACCUUAUGUGAUUCUCCUGCAUUUCAGCAUGAUCAACCCUAAGACUGCCACGUUGCAGAUCAACCCUGAGACUGCCACGUUGCAGAUCAACCCUGAGACUGCCGCGUUGCAGAUCAACCCUGAGACUGCCGCGUUGCAGACCAUCCCUGAGACUGCCGCGUCGCAGAUCAUCCCUGAGACUGCCGCGUCGCAGAUCAUCCCUGAGACUGCCGCGUCGCAGAUCAUCCCUGAGACUGCCGCGUUGCAGAUCAUCCCUGAGACUGCCGCGUUGCAGAUCAUCCCGAGACUGCCACGUUGCAGAUCAUCCCGAGACUGCCGUGUUGCAGAUCAUCCCUGAGACUGCCGUGUUGCAGAUCAUCCCUGAGACUGCCACGUUGCAGAUCAACCCUGAGACUUGUGUUGCAGAUCAUUCCUGAGACUGCCGUGUUGCAGAUGCUUGCUUAUCUCCUCAUCCCGUUUUUGUCCUCCUACUCCUACUCUUCUUCACCUUUUGAGUCACCACGACUCCACCAGAGACCAUCUGCAGCCAUUUUGUUGACAUCGACACAAUGAAUACAACUUUAUGAUGGAGGGAUCAUUAGCUGACGUCAUAUCUGGAACAGCGGUCAGGAAUAGGCGUGCUCCUCGGAUUACAAAUGACUGGUGAGAGGGAGGGAACAUCAAACUCCACACGCAAACUUUACCAGUCAGUGAGGAGAGGAAAGACUUAUAGCACAAACUUUGGGGUCAAAGUUACAGGCGCAACAUGGGAUUUUAUGGAUCAAACUGGUUCCAGCCCAGUGUCUGUGGGUCGAGGGUAGGGUGUCUGCUCCUAUUUUUUAAAUCGUGAAAAUACAUUUUCAUGUUGAACUGUGCUUGUGUAUGUUAUUCCUCUGUAAAGUAGCACAUGAAAAACAUUCCCUUCUUUGGGUAUUGAUGCUUCGUUUUUUCAGUGUUCAAGUUUGUCCUGAUCUUGGAAUCUUCUUGUAGCCGCAAGUAUGUAUUUAAAUGGUGUAGACUCCAUGUCAUGAAAAGAAGAGAAGGAUGUGAACAGAAUCACCGGUUUGUUUUGUUACAAAAUGUUCUCCUCAUUCUUUGCUUAUUGUACAAUACUCCCACCAGUCCUUUGGAAAUUGAAGCAUAUAUAUUAUAUUUUAGUCACUGUGCCUUACUUUGGGAGUGAGCAGUCCUUUUUAUGGACUCCUUUUGUGAAAACUAAAUACAACAUGGCUCAUUGUAAAUAAAUGUUCUGCUGAUCAUGGCACUAACUACUGUUGGUUAAACCUUCAUUCUAAUCUGUGAACACUUUGUAAUGUUGUCAUAGAGUAGGUAUGGCAUUAUAUCAACAGUCAAGUAAGAAAUGGUCUUCUUCAGUUCCAAAUAUACCCAAUUGCCAAAAUAGAUGUUAACAGUAGCUGCAUGUAUCUGCACAUUAUUUUACAGAUGUUCAAAUGGUAAUGAAAUGGUUUGUCAAGCUAACGACCACAUAAAAUGUUGUUUUAGUAAAUGGCUAUUGAAGUGCCAUUACAACCGCUCUCAGUAUUAAGUCAAUUGGUGGGUUUGAGGUGCCACUGUAGAAUUGGUGUUGUUUUAUGGCAAAAAGUAAUACAUUUGUCUAUAAGGUAAUUAAUAGCUUAGAAUCAUUAUCUCAAUCUUUACAGGAUGAAAUACAAAGGAUUAUUUUUUUUAGGUUGGACUGCUAUCUAAAAACGUGAAUUCUUGAGGCACAAGUCUGCAUUUUAUCUGAACGAUCAUUCUGUUACUUUGUCAAUGCAUGUUAUCAAGUUAUUUGCAACUCAAUGCGAUCUGUGAUAGCUCUGUUUCAAAAUAGUAUUUUUCAACAUCUUGAAUGUUCCGUACUGGGUUGAAUUACAUUUACAGUAGUAUCAUGAUUGAGAUCCCAGUCUCUUCAGCUUGAUGUGUAAAUGUUACUCAAAUAUCAUUUGUCUUUUAAUAGCUGAGUGUUAUUUGUGCAUAAAUGCAUUUUGAAAGUUACAUUUGAAUAUACAUUUUCCCCCCUUCUGUUUCAGUCCUUGGGUUGAGUUUAAAGUGGACUUUGCGAUGGUGACAUUUCUGACACUGCGAUUGAAUGUGAAGAUGGACUUUUGUCAAGUAAUCCAAAAUAGUACAAGAGACAGCGUGGCAGUAUGUGGCAUGGGGGUAAACGUUAGAAUAAAACGUAUUUUAUCAUUGUA